AUGCCGUACAGUAGUGCGGCAACGUGCGUGAAGCCGGAGGGUUGCACCACGCCACUGCGGAAGUACUGGGAACCAGGAACCGCAAGAAAGAGGGUGCAAGAGAAUUCCCCCGGUCACCGUGCAGGACUGGAGCCGUUCUUUGAUUUCAUCAUUUCCGUUUGUGACACUAGACUGAACAAGGACAAUGACACCCUCAAAGAGCUGCUGAAGAUGAAUGUGGAGAGGCCCGUCAAGAUACUGUUGUACAGUAGCAAGACGCUGGCGAUACGGGAGACCACGGUCAUACCUAGUAAAAUGUGGGGUGGCCAGGGACUUCUGGGAGUCAGUAUUCGCUUCUGCAGCUUUGAGGGAACAAAUGAAAAUGUUUGGCAUGUCUUGGAAGUGGAGCCAAAUUCGCCUGCAGACCUGGCUGGUUUGAGGGCCCACGCUGACUACAUUAUAGGAGCUGACACCGUCAUGAAUGAGAGCGAGGAUCUAUUCUCCCUUGUUGAAGCCCACGAGGGGAAGGAGCUGAAGUUGUACGUCUACAACACAGACACUGACAACUGCCGCGAGGUGGUCAUCACGCCAAACUGCAACUGGGGCGGAGAGGGCAGUCUAGGAUGUGGGAUUGGCUACGGAUACCUGCACAGGAUACCUACACUGCAGUUUGCAGAGGGCAAAAAAAUUGGUUUUCCUGCACAGACUAAGGAGCCAGCUUUACCACCUAAAGAUGGAUUCACAGAGGUCCACCUCUCUGCAGUCAUUCCAACCAUUCCAGUUGCCGCGUCGUCUGCAUCGACGGGAUUAGAGCAGUCUCUCGCCAGUCUGUCGGUCAGCUCUGACCCAGCCACUGUCCUUACUAAUCUACAGACAGGAGUUCCUACAGUUCCACUGCCCAGCCAAGUACCAUACUCACAGAGCCUUCCCCUGUCUCUCAGUCCUGCUCCAACACUACCAGGUUUAAUGUCCAUACCUGGAGGUCUACCAUCAUUUCCUAAUUUACCAAACCUGAAUAUCACCUUGCCAGACAUGGGUCAAGUAUUACCACGUGGAAUUGGAUUACAGCAUGCAGGUCUUCCACCUCUCAACCUACCAGGUGUUACGCUGCCUCCAUCUGACUGUGUUCUUCCCCAAGUCAUUACUACCGUGGCUCCUGCUGUUACGCUGGAUACAACAAUCUCUUCUUCCACUAUCCAAAUGAACAGUUCACUGACCAGAGCACCCAUCCCAUUACCUGUAACCACCUCUCAAUCAGUAAAUAUCACAAUGGCUGCAGACUCCUCUUAGCAGAGAGCACCAGUUAACUUGUUUUUAAGUCCUUGCACAAUAUAGCCAGUCUUAGUUGCACCACUCAGUUGGCAAAUUGAUCCUACACAUUUAGGAUUGCUAUACAAGAACUGUAGUAUCUUGAAGAUACUGGAAUACACUACUGGUCUCCUCACAUGUACCAAACCACCCAGGUAGCCAGAGUUCUGCAACUGAAGAGCACUGCAGAGUUAAGCAGUCAAGGAAAUGAAAAAUCACUGAAAUGUCUCGGUACAAAAAUACACUGUGCACUGGGUAAAAAGUGUUGACAAAUUGGACUUAUUGGACUUGUUAAACUGGGGGAAGUAAGUUACUUUUGUGUGCAAGUCAGUUUUUUUUUUUGUGUCUUUAGGGGUCAAACUACUGGGGACAUUCCUUUAGAAAAGGGGGUUUGCUUGCUCCAGCAUUCAAAUAUAUCAAAUGGUUUUGUACAAAGAAUUUGUUAUGCGAUUAAACGGAUGUAUUUUCUCUAACUA